ACCCCCAUUCAACGAGAGAUGCGCCAGUGAUUGUAGCAUUCGAAACCUAUUCCGUAGCUUGUGACUACCAACUUAGCAAACUACUUUAGUCAAACACCGUGGUUUACGACGCGUGAGAGUGACUUUACAUACCAAGGGAGAUUGCGGCAUCAUACCCCGCCCAAAGACUGUCACGCUGUCAAUAACAGUAUAAGUACCGAUACUGCGAGGCGGUCAACUUAAUCUGAAUCACACCGCAGAUAUGGCAGCACAGGAUUUUAAUUUUUUGCUGGCCACCGAUUCCUACAAGGUCACACACUACAAACAGUAUCCGCCCAACGUGAGUAAAGUUUACUCGUACUUUGAGUGCCGGCGCCGGAAGGAUGCCCAGUUCCACGAGGUGGUGUUCUUCGGCCUGCAGUACCUCCUGAAGAAGUACCUGGCAGGUCCCGUCAUCACGGAGGAGAAGAUUCAGGAGGCCCAGCAGUUCUUCCAUUUGCACUUUAAACAAAAGGUGUUUGAUGAAGACGGUUGGAGAAGAGUUCUGGAGAAACAUGAUGGACGCCUUCCCAUCCGAAUCAAAGCCGUUCCUGAAGGAAAAAUCAUUCCGAGGGGGAACGUCCUUUUCACAGUUGAGAAUACAGAUCCAGAUUUUUUCUGGCUCACCAAUUACGUUGAGACCAUGCUGGUGCAGAUGUGGUACCCCAUCACCGUGGCGACGAUAUCCCGAGAGUUCAAAAAGAUCCUGGCCAAGCACCUGAAGUCCACCUCGGGCAGUCUGGAGGGCCUGGACUUCAAGCUGCACGACUUCGGCUACCGGGGGGUGUCCUCUCAGGAGUCGGCAGCUCUGGGAGGUGCAGCCCACCUGGUAAACUUCUGCAGCACGGACACAGUGGCCGGACUCCUCAUGGCCCAGCGCUACUACGGCUGCCCCAUGGCCGGCUUCUCCAUCCCCGCUGCAGAGCACAGCACCAUCAUCUCAUGGGGCCGGACUCGGGAGAAGGAGGCCUACGAGAGCCUGCUGGAGCAGUUCCCCACCGGGCCCGUGGCUGUGGUCAGCGACAGCUACGACAUCUUCAAGGCCUGCAAGCACAUCUGGGGCGACAAGCUGAAGGACCGCGUCACGGAGCGCAGCGAGGACUCCGCACUGGUCAUCCGGCCCGACUCAGGGGACCCCGCCGAGACCCUGCUGGAGGUGAUAAAGAUUCUGGGGGAGAGCUUCGGCUUCACUUUAAAUUCGAAUGGCUACAAGGUGCUGCCGUCCUACCUGCGUAUCAUCCAGGGUGACGGCAUCGAUCUGAAGUCUAUCGAGGAGAUUCUGGUGAAGCUGAGCGAGCAGGGUUGGAGCGUGGAGAACGUGUUCUUCGGCUGCGGCAGCGCUCUGCUGCAGAAGCUCAACAGGGACACGCUCAACUGCGCCUUCAAGUGCAGCUACGUGGAGUCCGUCAACGGCAAGGGGACGGAUGUGUACAAGCAGCCAGUGACGGACCCGUCCAAAGGCUCAAAGCGGGGUCGCCUGUCCCUUCGCAAGAACUCGGACGGCUUCAUCGAGACGGUGGAGCGCGGCGUGGGCAAGCCAGAGGAGGACAUGCUGGUCACUGUGUUUGAGAACGGCACCAUCCUGCAGGACUACACCCUGGAGGAGAUCCGUAAGAACGCGCGGCUGUCCGAGGACGACAUGGCGCCCGCGCAGCACAAUCAUAACGAGCUCAACGGCCUUCACCACAAGCACAUCAUGAAUGGCGUCCACUGAUUGGACAGUCCAUUUCCCCACCACACCACCUGUCUGUCCGUCUGCACUGUGUACAUCAUUGACCCCCAUUGAUCCUCACUGACUCAAACUGACCUGUCGUUGUCUCUUGAUUGAGGUCAAAGAUCAUGUGCUUGUUUCUCUUGACACUUAAAGACAAAAACAAACAAAACAAAAGAAGAAAGAGACACAUUUUAAUGCCAUGGCUACGGUCAUGUCUGAUUCUUUCUUUUUAACCCACAGUGUUUGCCAGCUCAUUUUUACUGGCUUUCAAGACUGUUGUUUAUUUGUUGUUGUUUUUAAAAGACUUUUAAGCGUUCCACGGAUUAUUAUUUUUUCUUUUUCCUCUCUCUGGUAGCCAUUUUUCUUUCAAGCUGCUGCAGCACUGCGUCGGCGUUAGCACGCAACUCUUUGAAUGCCAAAUGGUUGACUUUGGGAUGUAUAUUCCCGUCUGUGUAUAUACUUUUGUUGAUUUUCAAGCGACUGAGAAGAUAUUCCUUUGGCUUCACGUGGAGGUGUUUCACCUGCUUCUCUUCUAAGUCAAAGACACAUGGGAGGAUAUUGAAACUAUAGCAUCCAAUCAAACAGCUUGAUUCCUUCUUAUGUGUCAGCUCAGCGAAUGCCUGUCCUGACUUGUUGUGUGGCCUGUUCAACCCUGAUCCCUGAUCUUCUGCCAUGUAACUGGAAGGGUGUCUGUUUUAAGCCAUUACCUUUAACCAUAGGUAAAAUCGGUUCAAUUUCAACCGGCUGAUAACUGUUGAUAACUAAACGAAUGCUCCAGUGAGCAAUCACUACUGCCACUGUCACUCUAUGCAGUCCACCCGGCAAGACACACGCUCCUUCGGCCAGAGAUGGUCAUUUUCUUCGACUAGACUCUAGGUUCUAUAGAUCUGUAGUGGUAAUGAAGUAAUGGUACACUGAAAAGAUACUUGAUGAUGAUGUUGUUAUUAUAAUAAUUAUUUUUUGCUCUGAUUCUUGAUAAGUGUGCCGUGUAUGUAUAUAUAUAUAUAUAUACACACACACACAUGAAUAUGUGUUGGAUUUGGUUAGAGAGCACAUGCUGAGUUUGUGCAGAGGUGGGGUAGGGGGCAGUUCUGAGGGUCUGCUGGUCUGCAGCUCUGGAGGUCAGCGGCCGCCUUUAGAACCCCUGGAAGGUACCCGUCAGAGAGGAGCCGGUUCCUCUCAGGUCACGGCACGCAAAUUGUUCUUCCUUUGCUUGAAAACUGCAACAAUUUCUUUAUGUAAACCUUGAGUGUGUGUGUGUGUGUGUGUUUGUUUGUCUGUUUAUUUGUGCAUGUAUGUUGGAGAGAGGGUGUAUUUGUGCUGCCUUAAUUAGUGAGUGGAGAAUAUUCAUGGCAUGUUAAAAAGUUAAAAUCCUUUGGCCAUUAUAUCUCCACGUCGCUGUUUAAGAAUAUGCUGCUGCAUUUAAAUGUUGUUGUUUUUUUCUCUGGUGGCCAAUUUAGGCAAUGCUGUUUAAAGAAAUUACCAAUUUACUGCGUAAUUUGACAAUUUGAUAUGAAGCAGUUGACCCUACCUCCUUUUUUCUAUACCAACAAUAAUGUAUAUUAAUAUAAAAUGUGAUGAUAAUUCACUAAAAUAGUAUAAUAUUCUUUUAUGUAAAUAUUGAUGAAUAUAAUAUUGUUUUUCCUUCUUUUUGCUGUACAAAAGUAAUAUUUUGUAUCAGAUAAUUAAACGGACCUUUUACUUAAAACUUAA